CUCUCCCAAACAUCGUCGUAUCCUUCUCUCUCUCAUCGCAAACCCACCGUUUUCAGAGGAUGACUAGCAGAAAGUGUUUCUUUCCUCUUUGAUCACCGUUGAUACUAGGGUUUGGAUUUCGUUCCUUGCUCGAUUGGCUAGAGCUAGCUCUUCAUUCUUUUACCUCAGGUACUCUUGUAACAAGAAAACAGAAUCCAAUGUAAAUGCACAAAGAUGCAUUCUUGGAUUCAAAAUGUACUAUCACAAGCAUAUAUACCCAACCUUGAGAAAAUAUACAAGCAUUGCUCUAUUGGGUUCCAACCCUACUUAUGCAAAUACCCAAAUCCCAUCAAAACCAUUUGGAUUCUUCCCAAGUACUGAGGAGUCUUUGGCAAGCAAACUUGCAUUCAUAUUGCAAGCUUGUCCGGACCACUCUGUGCUUAAACAAGGCCAGCAAGUUCAUACCCAAAUCAUAUUAAAUGGAAUUCGUAACAUGGGUCUGCUGGGUACGAGGGUUUUGGGUGUUUAUGUCCUUUGUUCUAGCUUCAAAGACGCCAAGAAGUUGUUUUAUCAGCUUGAUUUGUCCUAUGCUUCGCCUUGGAAUUGGAUGAUCAGAGGGUUUACUAUCCUGGGGUUGUAUGAUUUUGCAUUGUUGUUUUACUUCAAGAUGUUGGGUUUUGGAACUUGUCCUGAUAAGUAUACUUUCCCUUAUGUCAUAAAAGCUUGUGGUGGUUUGAAUUCGGUACAAUUGGGGAAAUCGAUUCAUGAGACGAUACGGUUGAUGGGUUAUGAGAUGGACGUGUUUGUGGGGAGUUCUUUGAUCAAAUUUUAUGCUGAUAAUGGGUGUAUCGGCGACGCUCAUUGCUUGUUCGAUAAAAUGCCUGUUAGAGAUGGUGUUUUGUGGAAUGUGAUGCUUUAUGGUUACGUGAAAUGCGGAUAUUUGGAUGAUGUUAUUGGGUUGUUUAGGGAAAUGAGAAACACUGAAAUUCAGCCUAAUUCGGUAACUUACACCUCCAUUUUAUCUAUCUGUACCUCAGAAGGAAUGAUUAAAUUCGGUACUCAGCUUCAUGGGCUUAUCGUUAGAAGUGGAUUGGAGAUGAACUCUCCAGUGGCCAACACAUUGCUCGCAAUGUAUGCGAAAUGUCGUUGCUUAUCUGAAGCUCGUGCUUUGUUUGAUGCUAUACCACAAACUGAUUUGGUGAGUUGGAAUGGAAUGAUUGGAGGUUAUGUGCAAAACGGGUUUAUGUUUGAGGCUUCAGAUUUGUUUCAGAAAAUGAUAUCCGCUGGUGUCAAACCAGACUCGAUAACUUUUGCAAGCAUUCUUCCUUCGAUUUCUGAAUCUGCAAACUUAGAACUAGCCAAGGAAAUCCACUGCUAUGUUAUAAGACAGGGUGUGCCCUUGGAUAUGUUUUUGAAGAGUGCACUUAUUGAUGUGUACUUUAAGUGCAAGGAUGUGGAGAUGGCACACAAUCUUUUCAAUGGAAAUGCUGAAAUAGAUAUAGUCAUUUUCACAGCUAUGAUUUCAGGGCAUGUGCUUAAUGGGAUAAACUUCAGUGCCUUGGAAGUUUUCCGGAGGUUGCUACUUGAGCGAAUGAUGCCAAAUGCAGUAACCUUGGCGAGUGUUUUACCUGCUUGUGCUGGUUUGGCUGCUUUAACACUAGGUAAGGAAGUACAUGGUUAUAUCCUGAAAAAAGGGCUUGAGGGAAGCUGUUUUUUGGGUAGUGCAAUUUCAGAUAUGUAUUCAAAGUGUGGAAGAUUGGACCUUGCUCAUCAAAUUUUCACAAGAAUGUCCGAAAAGGACUCUGUUUGUUGGAAUUCAAUGAUAACAAGCUGUUCCCAGAAUGGCAAACCAGAGGAGGCCAUUCAACUUUUCCGGCAAAUGGGCAAGGAAGGAGCCAAAUACGAUUGCGUAAGCAUAUCAGCUGCUCUUUCCUCUUGUGCGAAUUUACCGGCACUUCACUAUGGGAAAGAGAUUCACUGCUUCAUGAUGAGAGGUUCAUUGACCUCUGAUUUUUUUGCCGAAAGUGCACUGAUAGACAUGUAUGCCAAAUGUGGAAACUUGAAUUUAGCACGCCGUGUUUUUGAUAUUAUGCAAGGGAAAAAUGAAGUGUCGUGGAAUAGUAUCAUUGCUGCUUAUGGGAAUCAUGGUCAUCUUGAGGAAUCUCUUGACCUAUUCCGUGAAAUGAUAAAAGAAGGAUUUCAGCCCGACCAUGUCACAUUUCUUGCCAUUAUAUCAGCUUGUGGCCAUUCAGGGAAAGUUGAAGGAGGAAAGUUCUACUUCCAAUGCAUGACUCAGGAGUACGGGAUUAUGGCGCGAAUGGAGCAUUAUUCAUGUAUGGUUGAUUUGUUCGCACGAGCCGGUCGGUUAAACGAAGCAUUUGACAUCAUAGAAAGCAUGCCAUUUGAUCCUGAUGCAGGUGUUUGGGGAACAUUGCUUGGAGCUUGUAGGGUUCAUGGCGACGUUGAGCUCGCCGAGCUGGCUUCCAAACACCUUUUCGAGAUGGACCCACAAAAUUCCGGUUACUACGUGUUACUAUCGAAUUUACAAGCUGAUGCUGGGAAAUGGGAUGGUGUGGUUAAAACAAGAAGCAUGAUGAAACAAAGAGGAGUGAUAAAGGUACCGGGGUAUAGUUGGGUUGAGGUGAACAAUGCCACCCACAUGUUUGUUGCUGCGGACGCAAGUCAUCCGCAGUCUUCUGAGAUCUAUCUCUUGUUGAAGAAUCUUCUUCUGGAGCUGAGAAGAGAGGGAUACGUUCCUCGACUUAACGUCCAAUUGCACCCACGAACAGCUCCAUCGCCAUCAAAGAUAAUUGUGUAGAUAUAUCAACACUUUUUUAUCUUUCUUAGUUUUCCUCACAUUAGCAACGUCUUCUGUGGGAGGUGAUUGACACACACUCAUAAAAAGCAAGUAAUGAAAAAUGAAUAAUACUACUGAAAAUCGAGGCUUCACCAUGCGUCUUUCGACCUGUUUCUGCCCUUGUCGUUUAGAACUAUCAUCUCCAUUCUAUGUUUCCAAACCUUGUGGUAACAGAAAACUGAUGUGAAAGACCACAAACCCACACUGCGUACGAAGAGCUGCGGUAUGUUCGGACCCUCGGGCAAAGAGCGAGCAGUUCAGUCCCUGCCAAAUCUUCCUCAGAAAUUUCCAAGGAUUUCACGUAACUUGGAAUGAUUUUGCGUCCGUCACUUUUACUUUUAUUAUGUGUUAAAUUAAAGAUGUGUAAACCAUACUUUUUGUGGAAUUAAUUUGGCCAAACCAUGGAAAAUCUAGUCUUGUUUAUUUAGCUACACCAAUUAAUAUUACUUUUCCUUGCUUUACUUCUUUUGCAUAACAUUCUUUUCUUCCCUUCAUCACCAAGACAUCACAAAUUCCUUUGCUUCUCUCUCUCUCUCUCUCUCUCUCUCUCUCUUAUAUUCUUCAAAUACCUAAAAAUCUAUCCCACGCCAAAGCAGAAAGCAUCUCUGCUUUGAGUUAUAGCAAUGGGUGCUAAUUCUCUUCAUGUCGCAGCGCCUGCCGUUGCUGCUGCAAUUGGGAUAUAUUUCUUCGAGAAAACUCAUUCCAAUACCAAGGAACUACCGGGUGGCAUGCGGAAAUCAAUGGCGAAUAUGUUGGCCAAAUUGAGGGAAGAGGUGAAGAGCAAUCGAGCGCCAAAGUUGGCACCGCAGUUUGAUGGGUUACACUGUUUCGAAACCUUGGUGGAUUAGUCAUUGAUCUCUCCCCUGCAGCAGGAUUAAUGGCUGACCAAAUCCUUCUACCCGAAGAAAUCAAGAUUAACAGUUAUUCUUUUUCUUUUUUGAACAGCAGAACAUUACAUCCAAGUAUUCAUUACGCAUUGCCCUCUUGCAAAUACCAGACUUGUCAUGUUUUAUCGAAAGAGAAAUAAGUUGGCAUUUUCUUGAACUACUUUUGUGUUCUGAUUUGGUAGGUUUCGUUACGCUGGAAACAUAAUAAUUUUACUUGCUGCGUAUCAACUGCAGAAAUUCAUCCAAACCAUAACAAAAUAACUUGACUGACGAAAGUAAACAUUUGAGAUCACUCAAAUCAAGGCAAGAGGGAAAAGGGUCACCAGUAGUAAUAUCUUCAGGUUCUCUCAGAUGGAAGGAUAUCAAUAGUGGGAAACUGGGGAUGCUAGCUCAACUCAAAUAGCAGCAGACAGUGAAAUAGCUAUCCAGAAUGAUUCCAGUGGAACUUAGGUUGGGUUUCCCCUAUUGUUUAAACGGGCUAAAGCACAUAAAAAUACGGAUUUCAAGACAAGUUAUUAUGCUCACAUACAUCAACUAAAAGUUCAUUUAGCGAAAAACAACUUGUCUAAAGUCCUUAAGCUACAAACAGACUUUUUAGGGGAAACCUAGCCUAAGUGAAAAUGAAGAGAAAAAAAUAGUAGUAGCUGAAGGAAAACCUAAACAGAACAAGUUAGUGUAAUUACCUAAACAAAAAGAUUCUGCCACCAAUGAAUACAACAAUAUGUUCUCUUUCACGUAGCUACUGAGGCGUCGUGUUCAUAGAAAAGUACUGUAGAGAGAAAUAAAAACCCUCAUCAUGUGUGAGAAGGUGAGCGACACGAGCUCGUAACAAUCACAUAUGGAAAAAGUAACAAAGAACAACUGAGUUCUAAAAAAUGAGACUUCAGUUACAUCUUCUGUAUCAGCCCCUCUUGCAGAACUAUAAUCCCCGUCCAAUGUUUCCAAACCUUCUGGCAACACCAAAUAUAACUGCCUUAGUCAAGAGGCCACGAUCAAGAGUACAAGCAAGGACGACAGCCCCACCAAAAACUAUGAGCUUGGGGAUGUUCAGACCCCCAG